AACCAGGGUCCACAGAAACUCUUCAACACCAAGAGCUCGUCGCGAACACGCGAUAACGUCUUCCCUCCCUCCUCACCUCCUCACUUUACGUCAAUUGCUGCCAAAAUGAACACAAUAUCCCCUCCUCCCGAGUUUAAGCGCAUAUCCGGCUCCAAACGCCUUUUCGGCGUCGUCCUCGGCCUCGCCGGCGCAGCAGGCGCAAACGCACUCCUCGGCUACUCCGUCUUCAGCUUCUACACGCGCAACACUACUUUUGUUCCGUACGAUACCUCAUCGCCCGACCUGCUCACCCCCACCGCUACAAAACACAACCCGCUGAAGAACACCCCGGUCUGCAUUGAUCAUGCGAUCAAGACACUCCCGCUGCAGAAGUUCAGGGAGAGGUAUGGCUUGAAGGAGGGAGAACGGGUGCCUGUCGAGCGCUUGAGUACGGACUUUUGUAGGGGAAUCUGGAGUGGAAUUGGGUUCAGGGUGCAGAGGAGGUAUUUGGAGAGGAAGUACCGCGCGCUGCCUGGGAGAGAGGAUCAUCUGUGGGAUGUGAAGCAGCUUGAGAAGAGUGAAUAUCCUGUUGGAGAGAAGAUUGUGGAUCACUUCGAGGUUGUGGAGCACGAUGCGAACAAGGUCAUUGUACGCUGUGGUGACUCGCCGCUGAACCAGGACCACCGUGCUUCUGAUGGCCUCUUCUCGAUGGAGGUCAGCACUGACGAGAAGGCGGAUACUGCGACUUUCCAUCUCAAGAGUGUUUUUGUCAACACAACGCCUGAGGGCAAGGACCUGGAGCCGCUGCCGUGGAAGUUUCAGCUGGCGCAUAGGUGGUACACAAAGCUGUGGAUGGAGGGCGCGACAAGGAAGAUGUUGAUUCAGUAAGAGCAUUGGUAGAUCGACACACCGAAGACCGCUUCGUUCGAGUCCUACGCCGAGCCGUUAUGUACGAUAUACCACACUGUCCACUCUUACUUGUCGAGGAAUAGGCGUAUCGCUAACGCUAUGUUAACCUGGGCAGAAAAUUUCACACGGCAGUUAGUCC